CGUCUGAGAGUGGAGACCCCUGAACACGCUCCACGACCUCCAAAUCAACGCGCGCCUAGCACCCAGGUCAGCCUCAAGUUAAGUUUGUGAUCACCAGGGUCUAUUCGUAUCCAAAGUACUCUGUACACACUCCCCGAAACCUAUCUUGCCUGCCUUUUCUCGGCAUCUUUUCUCUACUGCACGACUUUGCUACCGAACCGAGCAAAAUAACCCCUUAGAUUGCCUCCUCGACUACCUAACACAUUGCUAUCGCUAGCGCAUCGGCCUCGAGCAACUUUACAUACUCGUUUCGCUGGCAUUCGGCCUGUUUUUUGUCGACGGACACAUUCAAUCUCAAGACAUCUCCAUCCGUAUCUAGUCACCGCAAUCGCCGACGAGCGAAGCCCCCACAAUGGCGAAAGUCGCGACUGACUUUGAGCGAAUCAUCCAAGAAGGACGAGAGAGGAAGAAGAAUGAGGCGUUGGCACAAAAGAUAUUCUCCAAGGACAGACGACAGAGCGCCCCUAGCAAGCUCAAGCCUGGCGCGGGUCCGUCGCUCGCAAGCCGAGUCGGCGUGAAGAAGCAGCGCACCGCCUCCCUCGGUCCCAAGGCACUCCCCGCCGGCAACAUCGAUGGCGACUGGACACACGACCUGCACGGGACCGUGAACGGAGGCAAAGGCGGCGCGGGCGGUCUCGCUUCGCGCAUCUCAGCGCCGGGAGGCAAGCCCGUACCUGGCGCAGCCGCGAACAACCGGCGGAGUGACAGGCGCACGGAGCAAAGGGCUGCCAAGGUCGCCGCGGCGAUUGAGCGUUCAGGCGGAAUGGCCGAUGUGCAGAUUACCUCCAGCGCGCCGACCGGUCCCGCUGUGAAAAAGGGUCUCUCGAUACGUGGAUUGGCGGGGCCGUUUGCGGUCAUGGCGCAGAACUUUGCGCCCGGGACGACGGCUGCGGACAUCGAGAGCGCGAUGACGCCCGUCGGCGGGGAGAUGCUGAGCUGUCGGAUCAUCAAGACCAGCCCGCUAAUUGUGGCGGAGAUGGUGUUUGCGACCAAGGAGGGCGGGGACGCGGUUAUUGAUAUGUUCAACAACCAGACGGCCGACGGACGGAUCAUCAAGGUCUACCCCAAGCCCGGCGGCUAUAAGGAGCCCGUCACGGCUAACGGUUCGCGCCCUGCGAACGUUUGGCCGGCGUCGAGUCACGUCAUCGACGGCACGAACGGAUUCCCUGAGCAUAUGGCGGAGGAUGACGGCACUCUGUACAGCGAUCGGAUCGUUAAUGCAGGCGGCGGCGGUGGCGGCGGCGGUGGUGGUCGCGGUACCCGCAAAGGCCGCGGGUUCGACCGUGGUGGACGCAGGUGAGGGAUGUGAAGAGAAGAAAGGGGUUGGCGGGCUCAGAUGAGGCACAUUCAAAAACAAAGGGAUCUUCUGCUUCAGGCGUUUUUCAAUGGCAGGCCUGGGAAGACUUGGGAAGGGUUGAAUACCUAGGCGACUCGUGAGAGGACUCGUCUAGGUUUCUCAAUAGAUUGUCGAGGCCAGGGAACCAUGCUUUUUUUUUUUCUUUUUCUCCUUUUAGGAAGCGUGUGUACAAUUAUCGGACCAGGGGAACUAGCUGUCUUUCAUGUUUUUCUCCUCUUCUCUCUACAAACUGCGGUUAUCGUGAAUUC